AUGGGUGAUUUUAACACCGAUUUGCUUCAAGACACCUAUAGAUCUCGCAAACUACGCGACAUUACACGAUCGGUAGGUCUUCAAGUGUUAUCCCUUAGUCCUACACAUACCAACCGGGAUUGUCCGGACACUUGGCUUGACCAUAUUUAUGUCUCCUCACCUGAUUGUGUUUUAAAACAUGGUCAGUUUCCUGCACCUGGUUUUUCCAAAUACGACCUUAUCUACACUUCCUAUAACAUUAAAACCUUUAAGCCUAAACCUGCUAUUGUUCGUCUGCGUAAUUUUGCGAGAAUCGAUACAUCCAUUUUAGGUAAAGAUGUAACUGACUUCGAUUGGUCAUCUGUACUUUCUGCCUCUUCUGUUAAUGACAAGGUGUCCAUUUUCAACAAAGCCGUACUCAAAAUCUUUGACAAACAUGUUCCGGCCCACCUUGUUAAAGUAAAAAGGCAACCAGCUCCCUUGAUAACUAGAGGAGUACGCAUGGCAAUGAGAAAGCGAGACCGUGCAUUCGGAAGAUAG